UUUACCCUCCCAGAUUUUUCCCUAAUCAAAAACGAGUAAAAACACUCUCUCACCUACUGUGUGUGCUUGUAUAUAAACCCUCUUAGAUGGACGACUCAGAGGAGUGAUGGUGGAGCCCACAUCCCCUAUCUCCAUGCAACAACAGCACUUGACUGAUCAUCACACUCGUUGAGGAGCGAGCUUAUACAAAACAAUAAUAUCACAUGGCCUCUCUCUCUAUCGUCUCAUAAUAGGACUACUUACAUAUAGAUACACACAUUUAUUAAUUAUUCAAGAGGUUACUGAAUUAGCACACUGUCUGUCCUUCACGUUAUUCCUGGUGCCUUGAAAAUAACACUUUUUUUGGGAUAUUUAAUUGUGGAGUGUUUAUUGUAUUUCAGAUCUGAUUUUGGUGGUGAAUUGGUGGUGGAGUUUGAUCGAAUUUAUCGGAGGUUGUAGAUAUGGUUUAUGUGAUUCGAUUGCCGACUGCGGCUUCUUCUGUUCCAUCGCUUUACAACUACUCGCCUAAUUAUGCUCUUCGCAAGUCGACUGUCUCUCUCUCUUUACUCAUGAGAAACAACUCUUUUACCGGAAAGACCUUUGCAGGCAAAUUUUCUCAAGAAUCUAAAUCUUCAUCUUUUGUGGUUGGUGCAUCUGAGAAAGUUCUUGUUCCCGGCAGUCAAAGUAGUGAUGGUUCUUCAUCCUUAAAGGGCAAACUAGAAGCUGCUGACUUAGCUGUAGAAGAUCCCCUAGUAUCACAUAAUGACAAUCAACCAGAGUCGGAGCAUGUCAACACCAUCUUGACUGACAAUGAAGAUAGAGAACCAGCAAUGGAGUACAGUGAAACUGAUGGUGAAAUUGAAUCUGUUUCCUUACUUGGUUUAGGUGAGGAUACUACUUUAGGUUCAGAAGCAGUUCUUUCCCUAAAUGGGACAAUAAGUAGAGAAAGUGAAAUGAUUAGAAAAAUUUCUAUUCCUCCACCGGGAACUGGCCAGAAAAUAUACGAAAUAGAUCCACUUUUGAAGAGUCAUAAAGAACAUCUUGAUUAUCGAUAUGGACACUACAAGAAAAUGCGAGAGGAAAUUGACAAAUACGAAGGUGGUUUAGAACAGUUUUCACGUGGCUAUGAGAAGUUUGGCUUUGUCCGAAGUGAAACUGGUAUCACCUACAGGGAGUGGGCUCCUGGAGCCAAGUCUGCAGCAUUGAUUGGUGAUUUUAACAACUGGAACCCUAACGCUGAUGUAAUGACCCGGAAUGAAUUUGGUGUCUGGGAGAUCUUCUUGCCAAACAAUGUAGAUGGUUCUCCACCAAUUCCCCAUGGCUCAAGAGUGAAGAUUCGCAUGGAUACCCCAUCUGGCAUUAAGGACUCAAUUUCUGCUUGGAUUAAGUUCUCAGUACAGGCUCCUGGUGAAAUCCCAUAUAAUGGAAUAUACUAUGAUCCUCCUGAAGAGGACAAGCACGUAUUUCAACAUCCUCGUCCAAAGAAACCAAAGUCACUUAGGAUCUACGAGGCACAUGUCGGAAUGAGUAGCACUGAGCCAACCAUAAACACAUAUGCAAAUUUUAGAGAUGAUGUGCUCCCUCGAAUAAAAAAACUGGGUUAUAAUGCAGUCCAGAUAAUGGCUAUUCAAGAGCAUUCAUAUUAUGCUAGUUUCGGGUACCAUGUGACCAACUUUUUUGCUCCAAGUAGCCGUUGUGGCACCCCUGAUGAUUUGAAGUCAAUGAUAGACAGAGCUCAUGAGCUUGGUCUGGUUGUCCUUAUGGAUAUUGUGCAUAGCCAUUCAUCGAAUAACACUCUGGAUGGGCUUAACAUGUUUGAUGGAACUGAUAGCCAUUACUUUCAUUCUGGAGAACGAGGUUAUCAUUGGAUGUGGGACUCUCGUCUUUUUAACUAUGGCCAUUGGGAAGUACUAAGGUAUCUACUUUCAAAUGCAAGAUGGUGGUUGGAUGAAUACAAGUUUGACGGGUUCAGAUUUGAUGGUGUGACUUCUAUGAUGUAUACCCACCAUGGGUUGCAGGUGGCAUUUACUGGAAAUUACAAUGAGUACUUUGGGUUCACAACUGAUGUUGACGCUGUGGUUUAUUUGAUGCUGGUUAAUGAUGUAAUACAUGGGCUUUUUCCUCAAGCUAUUUCCAUUGGUGAAGAUGUUAGUGGAAUGCCGACAUUUGGUCUUCCUGUACAAGAUGGUGGUGUUGGAUUUGACUAUCGCUUGCAUAUGGCAAUUGCUGAUAAAUGGAUUGAGCUUCUAAAAAAAAGGGAUGAAGACUGGCAAAUGGGUGAUAUUACUCACACACUUACUAACAGACGGUGGUCAGAGAACUGUGUUGCUUAUGCUGAAAGUCACGAUCAAGCAUUAGUUGGUGACAAAACCAUCGCAUUCUGGUUGAUGGAUAAGGAUAUGUAUGACUUCAUGGCAUUAGAUAGACCGUCAACUCCACUAAUAGACCGUGGAAUAGCUUUGCACAAGAUGAUCAGACUUAUUACUAUGGGUUUAGGUGGAGAGGGCUAUUUGAAUUUCAUGGGAAAUGAAUUUGGACAUCCUGAAUGGAUUGAUUUUCCAAGGGCUGACCAGCAUCUUCCAGAUGGGAAAUUUGUCCCGGGCAAUGGCAAUAGCUUCGACAAGUGCCGGAGGAGAUUUGACCUGGGGGAUGCGGAUUAUCUGAGAUAUCAUGGUUUGCAAGAAUUUGAUGUGGCAAUGCAACAUCUUGAAGGAACACAUAGUUUUAUGACUUCAGAGCACCAAUAUAUAUCACGCAAGGAUGAAGGGGACAGGGUAAUUGUUUUUGAAAGAGGGAACUUGGUUUUUGUUUUCAAUUUUCACUGGACAAACAGCUACUCCGACUACCGCGUGGGCUGUUUAAAGUCAGGAAAAUACAAGAUUGUGCUGGAUUCAGAUGACAAGCUCUUUGGAGGUUUUAGCAGAAUUGAUCACAGUGCAGAUUUUUUCUCUUUCGAAGGAGCUUAUGAUAAUAGACCGCGUUCAUUUAUGGUAUAUGCACCAUCAAGAACAGCAGUGGUGUAUCAUCUAGUAGAGGGUGGAGUGAAGCCAAUUAAGUAAAGUCGGUCAAAUUCCAGCGGACUCUCCCUUAAGGAAAGCACGGCAUUAACCUCUCUUGGAUUAUCCAAGAUAGAACUGGACCAUAUCUGAUGCCAUUUUGCAUGUAAGAUAUCACUGGCUGGGAAAGAAUCGGAAGAGCUAAGAUGGAAAUGUUGUACAUACAUGUCAGAGUAGUAAGCUACCAAAUAUCAUUGAUUUCGGUACCAAUAUUUUGUAGGCCACAAAGCAAGAGGUUCGGGGAAUGCAGUACAAUAAUCUUUUAUUAUGUCUGUCACAUGUAUGAUAGUAUCUUUGUGAGGUUACACUGAAGUCUGUAUAGUAUGAGCCCAAUGAUGUAGUAGUCAUGUAGGGCUUUUAAAAUUUUCUUGGUACUGCAACUGUUAAAUGUUAAUGAGCGCACCAUGGUGAGUCGUGACUCCUGGUCGGUGUCACUAAUCUAGCUGCAGGUUUUCUGUGUACAUGUGACCUUUGGUAUAAUUUAAAAAUGCAUGCGUUCUAUUUAAAAAACUUUUUAUUAAUGUA